CGACAGCUACUUGUAGCCUAUUCGUGAACACGCGAAAUAGGGGAUUUCCUAAGACCUUCUUCCUUUUACGGGAUCUGAUUUGACACACUUGAAUGAAAGACCGGGAUUUGUGUCCAUUUGCUUCUUGUCCAAAAGGAAGACGUCAUCAAAGGGAAUUGGGCCUGACUUGGUCUUGAAAGAGUAAUAAAGAAAGGCAGCCCCCUUCUCUCACAUAAGGGCGGUACGAAAUAGGGAUCUUACGAGAAAGGUAGGCACCUGUGAAUCUGUUAAACGAAAUCUUCCUAACAGCGAAAAGCGCUUAUUCGAUAAAUGUGGGGUUUAUUUCAACUCCCUGCCUUCAAGCGAUUGGCAGAAAGCUGCUAUCAGUCCCUCCUCAAAAUCUGUCUCCUUGGAGCUGAUCUGCGGGCAUUCAAAGAAGGGGAUCUAACGGCUAUUGGACGAUCUAAUGCGCGUGGGAUAUCUUAGCUAUUGAUCUGACCUUUCCUUUGAUGAUCUGUUGAUGUCCAUUCAAUCUCCAGGAACCUAUUCGUCGAAAAGACUAGCAGCCUCACAUGAAUCAGCAACUUGGGCAUUAGCUAAUGAGAUAGUUGAAAAAGGUGCCUAGCGCUCUUUGCAAGAAGAAGGAAUAAAAAAAGGCUGGUGCUCUUAAGAAAUAGGCUGUAGCUAUUGAAUCUGGUCUUUCGGAAUCGAAUGCCUUGUUGGAGUAAGGAAUGGACAUAGGUUAAUCCAUAGUAGAAGGUAGAAGAUAUCCACGAGCAUAGGCUGUUAUGAAUAUGCCUCUUCAAGUCAAUCAUUUACCUAUUUCUUACUACAUGGGUUAAUUCCUAUCUUUAAUAGAUAUAAAAGACGUUUUUAUGUUCGAGUUCGAUCUCUGUAGUCAAGUCUAAGACAGUUGAUUCGUAAUAAUAAUAUUUUUUUUUAAUAAAGGCAUGCUUCGCGAGAGAGCUUAUUUCGUGUUCGAGAUCCAAUUGAUGGCGACACUUCUCCUUCCAUUCCCUGCCCAGCAAACGGAAGCUUUCGACGCCCCUUUACUAGUAGUUGGGCGCAGGAGUGGAGUUUUCUACGCUUGGCUUUGAAGCCGUAGCUUGCUGCUCGUUCCUAUUUCUAUUUCUUAAGGAAAGCCUUGAAGGAAAGGGCAAAACGAGGUUGCUCGCUUUCAGUCUCAACCUCCAACUCAGAACAGAACGUUCCUUCCACAACGGAAGACCCAUAUCUUUCGAUUACAAAAAAGAAUUAAACAUUCCAUUAGUUCAUGAAUCAUGAUAAUCAUUCGAUCUCUAUGAAUAUGGAUAGAAGAAAGAAAAAGAAAGAUCUCUUUUUUAUUUUUUAUUGCUAUUCCAUUCUUUCUUUUCUAUUCGAAUCAGAAAAGGGGACAAAAAAAGAAAGGAUUACUUCGUUCCUGAUAGUCAUUUCUUUAAUAAGUGGAUAGGAGCAUACUCUGGAUCGGAAUCAUGGGUAAGUACUGCUUGAUCAUUUCUACCAACUUAAAGCCCCCGUUAGGAUUCCCUUUAUGCAGAGAUCUCUCUUUGGAUAACAACCAUUAUCUCCAUUACUAAUCCUUUGUGUACCUUGGUCUUCCUAACCGCCCACUCGUUUUUGCUCGAUCCCCGGUAUGGUAAUACAUACAAGAGUAAAAACCUCAAACCGUGGAUCUUUUGCACCCGCUUCAAGCCAUAAUGACGAAUCGGGGUAAACAGUUUCUAUUAUUAUUAUUUUCUUAAGUCUUGUACAUUUGGAAUGAGACUCCAUCUUUCUACUGCUAAUUUAGAAGGUCUUUUUCUUUUUUCUAGAUAGUUUCGUUCAAAGACCCGAAUGAUGAAUAAAAAAAUGAAGAUAUCUAUUCAACAGAUUCAACCUCUUUCCUAGAAAAGCAGAGGAAUUAGGUAAAAAGCCCAUGUCCCAACGAAUCGCACGUAGAGAUAUUGAUAAGACAAUGUUCGCUAAUGGUAUUGAAUAACUAAUCGAUUGAGCAGCCGCCCGUAGACCACCUAAAAAGGAAUAUUGAUUAUUUGAUCCAUAUCCUGCUGACAUAAGGAGUCCAAUAGGAGCAUUGAAAUGGCGAUCCAUAAAAAAAGACCUCUACUGAGAUCGGCUAGAACAGGGCUCAAGUCAAAAGGAAUUACUGAAUAACUUAGUAGAACUGAUAUGACCGCUAUAGAUGGUCCGAUACUGAAUAAAGGAGUCUCUCGGAGAAGAUCCUCCUUGAAAAGCAGUCCCAUCUGCUGGAGCUUGUUGAAUCAUUCCCAAAGGACCGGCGUAUUCAGGUCCAAUACAUUCUUGUAUCCCUGCGGUCUCUUUCUAACCACAAAAUGACUAGUACUCCUAUUGUGAUUCCCGAUACAGGAGUAAAAAUAGGGACAAAGAGCCAUAUGAUCCCAUAGGCCUCGGAUUCCGAUCUGGAAAAUAAAUCCUGAAAUAACAUAGAUAAUGAAAUCGUUCAUCUUGACAGUUGAUAUUUUCGAUUGAGAAAGCGGCAGGCCCAAAGAGCUCCACAGUAGUGCCUUGCGAGGUCGUAGAGCCGGUAACCCUCGUUCGCCUAAGAGAUAAAAUUAUCUGCCCUUACUUUACUAGGGGGAUUGAGACUUAAAACUGUGUAACGCUAUAUGUUUAACACAUGCAAGUCGAACUUCUCUUUUUUAUUUUGUUUGAUUAGGUAAGUUUCUCAGUGAGUGCUCCGUAUGUAAGAAGAAUUGGGCAGUCUCAUUGUGCUUCUUUCACUUCCCAUGCUUGUAGUUGGUAAAAAACAACAAAAAAGUAACUAACAUUCUUCACUACUCCUACAGGCUUAACUCCGUUAAGAUGUCUGGGGGGAAUCAUUAUUUCUAAAUCCAUCAUGAUCAAUGAAUUAAUUGAAGCGGUUCUUCCGUUUUUAGCUUCUGCUCAAGAGGGAGCGCGCCUCAAGAAGUGCUGCCGCAGGCACCAGAUCAAGGACAUGUGGAAGGAUUUAUCCCGGCCUCCCCUUCCACUUCCAACGACGACCUCCUGUGGAGUCCCCUAUUGAUCCGCAGAUUGGAGGCGAAAGCCUAUCACAAAUCUAUGUUCAGUUCAGCUCCUCUGUAAGUAACAGGGGAAGGGGGAGCCUUAUUUGAAGGAUCUUUGGCAAAAGGCUAACUCCAUUCUUGAAAGAAAAAGAAGGAUUCUAUUAAAGAUGGAAGAGCUUGAUCCAGAUGGAGGCUGGAUUGAAGGCGGGGCCCGAUGUAUCCAAACUCAAAAGGGGCAGGACUUUUCCUUGAUCAGUCUUCCAAAGUCUGGAAAACGAGGGCUAAAAUAGCCCCUACUUUAUAUCUUUUGUCUCUAAAAGAGACAGGCUUUGAUGCCCCUACCCACUCAAAAAUCACGGUGUUCAGCUGACUUGCACUGAUAGACCCCUAUUGUAUUGGAAUUAGGCGCCCUUCUUUUUACUGUUGUCAACUAAUCUCUUCAAUCUUCGACUCUAUGUUAGAACAUUUCUUAGAAUGCUAUUCUGAUCUAAGUGGUCCUAUUCUAUGUCCCGUGCUAGGAAGCAUUACUCCUCUUUUCAUUCCAAAUUCAAGAAUACGACCGAUACGAUUAAUUGGUCUGUGCGCCUCUCUUAUAACUUUUUUGUAUUCUCUUGUUCUUCGGAUACAAUUCGAUCCUUCUACGGCCAAAUCUCAAUUUGUGGAAAGCCUUCGAUGGCUUCCUUAUGAAAACAUCAAUUUGGAUUUGGGUAUAGACGGUAUCUCUUUAUUCUUCGUGAUAUUGACCACAUUUCUGAUCCCUAUUUGCAUUUUAGUGGGUUGGUCUGGUAUGAGAAGUUAUGGGAAAGAGUAUAUUACAGCAUUUCUAAUUCGUGAAUUUCUAAUGAUCGCCGUGUUCCGCAUGCUGGAUCUUCUACUAUUCUAUGUUCUUCUCGAAAGCGUGCCAAUCCCUAUGUUGUGCGGAGCUGAGCAUCUUCUAUUCGCUGGGAUAAGGCUUUUCCUCUGCAGGGGCCUUGUGCAGUAAACCCCCUACGGGCGGUCGUCCGUCGUCGUAAAGUAGUCCCCGCGAAGCUUUCGGGAAGAGGGGUAGUCUUGUGUGUAAGCAUAGCAUUUCUGGUCGAACCCGCCCAACCCAACUAAGAAGAA